UCCUGCUGCUUCGCUGUUCAUAAUCUCUUCCUCUUCCUGUCUUUCGUCGCACAUCUUCUCUUUUCACCAAGUUUCAAUCCAAUCUACCUUCCUCCCGUUCGUCGCUCCUCAACCCCCCCCCUCCAAUACAAAUACCCAUCACAAUGUCUGCCAGAAGAUUGAAGGUUGGCUGUGCCGGUCUCGGUCGCAUGGGCAAGCGCCAUGCCCUCAACUUCCUACAGCGCACUCCCCGCGCAGAGCUCGUCGCCGUCAGUACUCCGGACGACAGCGAAUUGGAAUGGGGCAAGGUCCACCUGGCCCCGUACGGCGUGAAGCUGUACAAGAACUACGAUGACAUGCUGAAGCACGAGGGGCUGGAGGCCGUGAUUGUUGCCUCCGCUACCGCCGUGCACGCCGAGCAGGCAAUUAAGGCCAUUGAGGCCGGCAAGAACGUUCUGUGCGAGAAGCCUUUGUCUACUAGUGUUGAGAUUUCCCAAUCCGUCCUCGACGCCGCAGCCAAGAAACCCCAUCUCAAGGUCAUGUGCGGUUUCUCACGGCGGUUCGACGCCUCCUACCGGGACGCUCACAGCAAGAUGUCCGCGGGGGCGAUCGGCACGGCCUCGGUGAUGCGCAGCCAGACGUGCGAUAAGCUGGACCCGACGGGGUUCUUCGUUGCGUACGCCGAGUUCUCCGGCGGCAUCUUCGUGGACUGUUCGAUCCACGACAUCGACCUGGCGCUGUGGUUCUUCGGCCAGGACAGCAGGGUGAAGUCCGUCUCGGCCGUAGGCAUCACGGCGGUGGAGCCGGACCUCCGCAAGCACAACGACCGCGACAACGCCGUCGGCCUGGUCGAGUUCUACGACGGCCGCAUCGCCUACUUCUACGCCUCGCGCAUGAUGGCCGCCGGCCAGGAGGACUCCACCGAGAUCAUCGGCACCAAGGGCAAGCUGGCCGUCAACACCCAGCCCGCCAUCAACCUGGUCAACGUCUUCGACGAGUCCGGCGUCCGCCGCGAGCUGCCCCAGCACUACUACGACCGCUUCGAGUACGCCUUCGUCACCGAGGCCAACGAGUUCACCGCCUCCUGCCUCGAGGACACCCCCGUGCCCCUGAAGCUGGAGGGCGCCGUCCAGGCCGUGCGCAUCGGCGCUGCCCUCCAGGAGAGUCUGAUCACCGGCGAGAAGAUCAACUUCGAUGAGCAGGGGAACCGGAUCCCCAAGGCGAGAUUGUGAGGGUGAGGAGGGAUGGG